GGAAUACUGGCCCCAGAGACCACCAUGAAACAAUAAUUGUCGAUUCUAUGGAGCAACAAGCCACAAUAGUGGGAAUUUCGGCGCCUUUCUGGGGCGAGCAACGUUGAACCGUCAAAUCACCGUUCUUGGUGCUUCACUCCAUACUGGGGUUGUUGCAUAGCACUCCCCUAUCCCAGGAAGCCCCCACGAAAAUGGCCUGCCUACUUACCAGGUUGUCGACAAUCAAUUAAUUGAGUGCUCAAGCCACUGGCAAAUGACCUGAGGCCAAGUGUAUGAUAUCUAUGCACAGCAUCUCUUGGUGACUGCGAUGAGCCGACUCCACUGAGGCUCGACGAGGUAUAAAAACCCCCCUCCAUCCCAAGUUCAACAGUCUUCUCCAUCAACAAAACAAACCACAACCACAAAGCAAUCAAUCUCAUCACACAUUCAUCUUCCAUCCAUUCCCUCAUAACCUCUUUCACAACUCCAUCACAAUGAGCUUCUACCGUACCGCCGAGGACAUCCGCGUCGAAGAGGACCACUGGCUGGUCGCUAUCGUCGCCAACGAAGAGGGAGAGAUGGUGGAAUCUAGAUUCGAUCUCAACUCUUGCAUUGGAAACGAGGAGGGUCGCUUCUUGUGGGGUGGCAACGACUUCGCUGGCAGCGCCGAAGAGAUCAGCUUCGCCAUCGAGGGCGAGGACAAUGUUCCCGUUCUGAGAGCUAAGCUCUCCAACUCCGAGGGCGAGCAGUUUGACGCUGAUGUCAACCUGGCCGAGCACAUCACCAACAGAAACGGUAACUUGGAGUACCAGGAGGAGUCCCUGUUGUAAGGGCGGAUUGUAUCAUUCAGUGUAUCAUGGCAGACAGUUAUCGUGUCUUGAUAAAUUGAUGUGGAACUAUAUGAAAUACCAUUACCUCUGAACAAGCAGC